CGCUCUCUCUGUCUCCGAUCAGAGCAGCCGGCACCAGCCAUGUUCGGAACAGAGUCUUCACUGAGCAUGUUCCUCAACACUUUGACCCCGAAAUUUUACGUGGCUCUAACAGGAACUUCAUCUCUGAUAUCAGGCCUAAUCCUGAUAUUUGAGUGGUGGUACUUCCGGAAGUACGGGACCUCGUUCAUUGAGCAGGUGUCAGUAAGUCACUUGCGCCCUCUGCUGGGAGGUGUCGAUAACAGCUCCCCCAGUAACUCCAGUACCAGCAAUGGAGACACAGACUCCAGCCGACAAAAUGUCUCAGAAUGUAAAGUGUGGCGAAACCCAUUAAAUCUCUUCCGAGGGGCAGAGUAUAACCGGUACACAUGGGUGACAGGACGAGAGCCGCUCACCUACUACGACAUGAACCUCUCCGCCCAGGACCACCAGACCUUCUUCACCUGCGACUCAGACCACCUGCGCCCUGCUGACGCCAUUAUGCAGAAGGCAUGGCGAGAAAGGAACCCCCAGGCCAGAAUUUCCGCUGCCCAUGAAGCCUUGGUGCUGGAGGACUGUGCCACAGCCUAUAUCCUGCUGGCGGAGGAGGAAGCCACUACAAUUGUGGAGGCAGAGAAGCUCUUCAAGCAGGCGCUAAAAGCAGGAGAGGUCUGCUACCGUCGCAGCCAGCAGGUGCAGCAUCAUGGAGCCCAGCAUGAAGCCCAGCACAGGAGAGACACAAAUGUGCUGGUUUACAUAAAGAGAAGACUGGCCAUGUGUUCUCGGAAGCUGGGCAGAACAAGGGAAGCCGUGAAGAUGAUGAGGGAUUUAAUGAAGGAGUUCCCUCUUCUCAGUAUGUUUAAUAUCCACGAAAACCUGCUGGAGUCCCUGCUGGAGCUGCAGGCCUAUGCAGACGUUCAGGCAGUGCUGGCCAAGUAUGAUGAUAUAAGUUUACCCAAAUCUGCAACAAUAUGUUACACAGCUGCUCUUCUUAAAGCCAGAGCCGUAUCGGAUAAGUUUUCCCCAGAGGCAGCGUCACGUCGGGGACUCAACACAGCAGAGAUGAAUGCCGUGGAGGCUAUACACAGAGCAGUGGAGUUCAACCCACACGUGCCCAAAUACCUCUUAGAAAUGAAGAGUCUCAUACUGCCACCAGAGCACGUUCUAAAGAGGGGUGACAGCGAGGCCAUCGCUUACGCCUUCUUCCACUUACAGCACUGGAAGAGGGUGGAAGGCGCCCUUAACUUGCUCCACUGCACCUGGGAGGGAACAUUUCGAAUGAUCCCCUAUCCCCUGGAAAAAGGUCACCUCUUCUACCCCUAUCCCAUCUGCACAGAGACUGCAGACAGAGAGUUGCUACCAACAGUGUUCCAUGAGGUGUCAGUGUACCCUAAGAAGGAGCUGCCCUUCUUCAUCCUCUUCACAGCGGGGCUGUGCUCCUUCACCGCUAUGCUGGCCCUUCUCACACACCAAUUCCCCGAGCUCAUGGGCGUCUUUGCCAAAGCUUUCCUCAGCACUCUGUUUGCUCCUCUGAACUUCAUCAUGGAAAAGGUGGAGAGCAUCCUGCCAUCCAGCCUGUGGCACCAGCUGACGCGUAUUUAGCACCUAACUGUGCCGAGUCCACGUGCUCUAGUGGACCGCCAGAGGGCACGUUGGAGAAAAAGGAAAUACGGAGUACUGCCUCCACCUUUUUAUUGUUUUGU